CUUUUGAGGGGCUGUCUUUGCGCCAUUUACGACUUUCUCAUCCUUCGCGACCAACCCGCAUGCUAUAGCCUUGGUCUAUAAGAGUCACGAUGAGUUCAACGAGAGUGACGCUUCAGAGGACGCCUGGCGUUCUGCUUAGCUGCUUGAACGCCACCACGAUAUCCUCUCCACGACCAUGUCUGCACAUCCUACGCCGAUUUUCGCAAACUCAAUCAUGGGCGACCGCGGAGAAACACCAAUCCUCCGCACCUUUCCAGUCAUAUCCUCUGCCCUCAAGGUUACCCUCGUCACCCCGCAAUGAGCCGAUACCCGAGACCUCUAUUGCAAACCCAGUACCCUUUGUCCAUGAAACACGACCACCAGCUCAGCCUAAAGCACCGUCACAACCAGAUAUAGCGUCAGAACAAGAAGCACAAAAGCCCAAACCUGUACCGCCCAAGCGCAAGUUCAAGCCACGCAAAGCUGCACUAAAGCUUACCUCUACGGCCGUUGAUCAACUACGUCAGCUUCUGGAUCAACCAGAACCCAAAUUAAUAAAGGUUGGCGUGCGCAACCGGGGCUGCAGUGGUUUAGCAUAUCACCUGGAGUACAUCGACAAGCCCGCAUCAUUUGAUGAAGUGGUAGAGCAAGAUGGCGUCAAGGUUGUGAUUGAUAGCAAAGCCCUGUUCAGCAUUAUUGGUAGUGAGAUGGACUGGAUAGAAGAUAAGCUUAACGAGCGAUUCAUAUUCCGGAACCCUAACAUCAAGGAAGAAUGUGGUUGUGGUGAAUCCUUUAUGGUAUGAUGGACUACACAAAUUGUUCAGUAAGUCAAAGGGGUGGUUGUAUACUUCUUUUUUGCCUACGCUGGCGUUGCCGUAUCGAGCACUAUGGAUAACGAGAGAGCGAAAUCAUGCUUGAUUAAUAG